AUGGCGACACGGUCACGACGGAAGCAGCCGACGGCCGAGGAGGUGCCAGAGGACGCCGAGAUGGCCGAUGCGUCGGCCGCGGCCCAGGACGAGGUUGCUGCUGAGGAGGAGGGCGCCGAGAUUGCCGAGGACGGUGGCGACGACGAGGAAGACGAGGAGGAGGAGACACAGAGAGUACGCCUGACGACGAACUGGGAGGAGGAGUACAAGACAGGAUGCGUGACAAAGGAGACAUGA